AUGCAUCCACCGUGCCUAUGGGAUAGGAUGUCGAUACUGGACAUCGUCUUGACGGUGUCGCUUCGGCUCUAUAUGUCCUCGAUAGUCCUAUCGUGUGGGCCAUUAUAUCUCCCCGGGGCCGAAAUCCGCGUGAUUCCGCUGUAUAUACUCCCUAUUUCAAAGAGUUUGAAAUCCAGCCUUCUUGGUGCAACAGGAGAUAAACGGAACGCUUCCGGCACCCCCAAGCGGUCUCAUCCACCGAAAGUUGCGGGGGUUUCCCUCAUAUACGUCAAUUUCCAGGAUUCGCUUGUUCUCUCAUCUCCGAGCAUCGACGCGGAGUGCCGAUUGUGA